UUAAUCCUGAUCGUUUUACUGAUAUGCGCGAUGCAGUUUGGUUCCUGAUGCACGAGAGGACAGAGCAUUUGAGUCACUGCAUCUUUCGAAUAUAUAAAUAGAUACUUUUUUAACCUAGAGUCUUCUAUACAGAUACGACCCUUACGAUACAAUAGCACGGAUUCUGAUAGCAGGGGCUUUGUUCGCAAUUAAAAUCAAUUGAAGAUCAUCAGUCGGGAUGAGCGGUGGUGAACAAAGGCGGAGAUGGGAGUACUGCUGGAUUUCAGUGCAACUCUUUUUGCUGCUGUGCUUCGCCAGGCAGAUUUCGGCUCAGAUAAGGUACUCUGUCAUGGAGGAAGUAAAAGAGGGAUCGUUUAUAGGAAAUAUUGCAAGGGACUUGGGUCUUGAUGUCAGUACUUUGGUGGAAAGACGCUUACGUAUCGUUUCUGGCGCUCAAGAAAUUCUAUUUCAGGUAAACCAGAACAAUGGCGUCUUGUAUGUACAUAAAAAAAUCGACAGAGAGGAGGUAUGUGACAGCAGCAAUCCCUGUGUAUUUAACCUCAAAAUCGCAGUAGACAGACCACUGGAGGUUCAUUAUGUGGUAGUAGACAUUACGGAUAUAAAUGACAAUGCGCCUAGAUUUCCAGAUAAGCAACAAAAAAUAGAAAUCGCAGAAAAUGCAUCACCGGGUGCGCGCUUUCAGCUACAACGUGCGCAUGAUCCAGAUAUUGAUAGAAAUUCAGUACUCUCUUAUAAAUUAAGCAAAAACGAAUAUUUUGAUUUAGAAAUAAGAGACAGGGAUGACGAAAAGGUACCCUUCCUGGUUUUACAGAAAGCAUUAGAUAGAGAGCGUAAAGCUGAACACGAACUGACACUGACAGCAGUAGAUGGUGGAAAUCCGUCAAGAUCUGGAACAUUAAAUGUCACCGUCACUGUUCUCGAUAACAAUGACAAUCGUCCAGUCUUCAGUCAAGAGGUUUACACGGUACAUUUACAGGAAAACGUUCCGAUAGGUACUACUGUGUUAAGAGUAAACGCAACAGAUCUAGACGAGGGUUCGAAUGGAGAGAUCGUAUACUCUCUUGGUAGCAACUUAAACCGUAAAAUUUAUGAUGUAUUUGAUCUGGAUACAGUUUCCGGUGAAAUACGAGUAAAAGGCGAAAUAGAUUUUGAAAACAUUGAUGUGUACAGAUUAGAUGUUUUGGCCUCUGAUAAAGGCUCACCUCCGAUGACUGUGGAUUGCAGGGUCACUGUGAAAAUUUUAGAUGUGAAUGAUAACGCUCCUGAAAUAGAAAUUAUGUCACUCUCUAACGUAGUGCCUGAAGAUUCCAAACCCGGAACAGUUAUUUCUUUAAUCAGUAUUUUAGACAGAGACUCUGGUGUAAACGGCAAAGUCGUAUGUUCUCUGUCAUCAAACAUACCUUUUGAACUAAAACCUUCCUUACAAGAAAAUAUGUACUCUUUAAUUACAAACGCACAUUUAGACAGAGAAGAGAUUUCCCAUUACGACAUUACUUUAACAGCCACAGACCUGGGCCAGCCUUCUCUAACUGCACAAAAGAGUUUGAAUGUGCAAAUAUCAGAUGUGAAUGAUAAUAGUCCAGAGUUUUCUCAUAAUCCUAUUGAACUAUAUCUAAUGGAAAAUAACAUUCCCGGUGCUUCUAUAUUUUCUGUAACUGCAUCAGACAAAGACACGAAUGAAAAUGCAGUAAUCUCAUACAGCAUUCUUAGAGGAGAUGGUGCAAAGAACAACUGGCCUACAUUUCUAAGCAUUAACUCUGAAACAGGAGUUAUUCACGCGCUAAAGAGUUUUGAUUAUGAAGUAGCCAAAACGUUCCAGUUCCACGUGCUCGCUACAGAUUGUGGAAGUCCGUCACUAAGCAGCAACGUGACAGUGAACGUGUUCAUUCUGGAUCAGAACGACAACGUUCCAGUGAUCUUAUAUCCAGUCAGCGCUAACGGUUCUGCUGAAGGUGUGGAGGAGAUUCCCCGCAAUGUCAACGCAGGACAUUUGGUGACUAAAGUGAGAGCCUAUGACGCGGAUAUAGGAUACAACGGCUGGUUAUUAUUUUCAGUGCAGGAAGUGAGUGACCACAGUCUGUUUGGUUUGGACCGCUAUACAGGACAGAUAAGGACCCUUCGCUCCUUCACAGAAACAGAUGAAGCUGAACAUAAACUGAUCAUACUGGUCAAAGACAAUGGAAACGUGUCACUUUCAGCAACAGCGACUGUGAUUAUUAAACUUGUUGAACCCAAAGAGGCUUUUGCAGCUUCUGAUGUUAAAAACACUGUAAAAGAAGAGGAAGAAAACAACGUUACAUUUUAUUUGAUUAUUACCUUGGGUUCGGUUUCAUUUCUUUUCAUCAUCAGUAUCAUUGUGCUGAUUGUAAUGCAGUGCUCCAAAUCUCCAGACUUUUCCUCCAAGUAUUUACAAGAUACAAAUUACGACGGGACUCUGUGUCACAGCAUCCAGUACAGAUCCGGAGAUAAACGCUACAUGUUAGUUGGACCCAGAAUGAGUAUCGGUUCUACUCUAGUUCCAGGCAGUAAUGGGAAUACUCUAGUGAUACCAGAUCGCAGGAAGAGAGCUUCUAUGGAGGUAAGAGUUAAAUUAUUUUUGCCAGUUUUACUGCAAUCUAUCCUUUAUUUUACACGUCAUUUUUUAGGUUUAUGCAAACUGCAGUAACGGAAAUGUCCAUUCUUGCGCACUUCUGAGAUGAGAUAAAUUCGUUUCUGACAUGUGAAGAGAUGAGCAGUUUCUUUUGCUAUAAUAGGCGACAGGCUUUCCAUAGUACUGAUAAAACAUUCUAUCUGGCUGUGUUCGUCUGGAGCAUCUUAAAUGAAGAGGGUCUGUUACUAUCGAGAAACGAUCACGUGUGCAGUUUGCUGAGGUUGAACUCUCUGAUUCUCCCAGAAGGUUUUUUGUUCAGUCUCUAUUUGUUCGGUCUUGCCUCAUACUGUUUAUAUAACAUCAUUUUCUAGCAUUUCAGUGAUAUCGAGGGAUGAGUCAUUAAAAUACU